AUGCACAUUCCAUGUAAUAGUAACAUCACUGCUAACGUUCAUGAAUUCAUUCUCCUGGGUUUCCUGUGCAGCCCAGAAGUAGAGAUUCUCCUUUUUGUUUUGUUCUCCAUCAUCUAUGUCUUCACUCUGCUGGGCAACAGUGCUAUUAUCUGUGCUGUGUGGUGGGACCAGCAACUAUAUACCCCCAUGUAUACUUUAUUGGCCAACUUCUCUUUCCUGGAGAUCUGCUACAUCAAUUCCAAUGUGCCCAACAUGUUAUUCAACUUCCUCUCCAAGACCAAGACAAUCUCUUAUAAAGGCUGCAUCCUACAGUUUUACAUCUUUCUCUCGCUUUGUGCCACAGAACUUUUCUUCCUGGCCCUCAUGGCAUUUGAUAGAUAUGUCGCCAUCUGCUGCCCACUACACUAUCCAGUCAUAAUGACCAGGAAAGUCUGUGGAACCCUUGUGUCUGCCUGCUGGGUGGGUGGCUUCCUCUGGUUGGUGACACCUGCCACCCUCAUAUACCAAGUUCCAUUUUGUGGUUCAAAUGUCAUUGAUCAUUACCUGUGUGACCUGGGGGCAUUACUGGCCAUAUCAUGUGUCCCUGUUCCCAAGACAACUCUGACUUGUAGCACUUUCAGUGCUGUGAUAUUGCUCAUCACUUUGUUCUACAUCCUUGUGUCCUAUAUUAUGGUCCUUCGAGCUGUACUUCAGGUUCUCAGAGGUUCAAGCAGGAGAAAAGCCUUCUCCAACUGUGCCUCCCACCUGGUAGUGGUAUCCUUAUUUUAUGGCUCAAUCAUGGUGAUGUAUGUAAGCCCAGGGGCAGCCAAUCAGCCUGGCCUGCAGAAAUUCAUGACCAUGUUCUACUCAAUUGCAACUCCACUUUUUUUUUUUUGCGCAACUCCACUUUUAAACCCUUUGAUCUACAGUCUUAGGAAUAAGGAGAUGAAGGCUGCUCUGAGAAAAGUCAUGUGCAAAGUAUAA